GGAAAAAGGUUUAAAACUUAGUAGGACAAAAACAGAGUAUUUGGAAUGUUCAUUUAAAGAUGGAGUUACUACAAAUAAAAUGGUAUCUUUGGAUGGUGAAAUGAUUGUGAAAAGCAAUAGUUUUAAGUACCUGGGAUCGGUAUUACAGAGUAAUGGAGAAAUAGAUGCAGAUGCAUGCAGUAGAAUUAGGGCUGGAUGGAUGAAGUGGAAAGAAGCGAGUGGUGUGUUGUGUGACAGAAAAAUUCCAAUGAAGCUGAAGGGAAAAUUCUACAAAACAGCCAUAAGACCGGCUAUGAUGCACGGAACUGAAUGUUGGGCAGUGAAAAAGAAAGAGGAACAACGAAUGCAUGUGGCGGAAAUGAGAAUGCUUAGAUGGAUGAGUGGAGUGACAAAGAAGGAUAAAAUUAGAAAUGAGUAUAUUAGGGAAAGUCUAGGUGUGGCACCAAUUGAUGCCAAAAUGAGAGAGCAUAGGUUAAGAUGGUUUGGUCAUGUUCAACGUCGAGACGUUAAUCACCCAAUACGAAGAAUAGCUGAA